AUGAUCGACAUCGCCGGUAUGCGCGCCGACGGAUAUCAGGAUCACCGGAAGAAGUGGCGCGGUUUUGGUCAACGCGUUCGUUUCGGUGGGGACAGUUCUAGCGGUGGUGGGAUCGCUGGGCAUCGGUACAGCAACUGCCGAUACCGCGCCGACUGUCCCCACAAUUCGCGGACGGUGUCCGCGGAUGCAUUACCCACCGUUCAGGUGGACGGGGUCGUUUGGGCGCAGAUCGUCGUAGGCAACACGGUGUACGUGACGGGGAAAUUCGCCAACGCCAGGCCUGCUGGUGCGGCUCCGGGUACCAAUCUCGUUCCGAGGUCGAACGCGCUGGCAUACGACCUCGAUACCGGCGAACUGAAGCCGUGGGCUCCGGCACUCAACGGUCAGGGGCGCGCCCUCGAAGCGUCCGCUGACGGCAAAACCGUCUUCGUUGGUGGGGAUUUCACCAAUGUCAGUGGUGUCAACCGGUAUCGUCUCGCUGCUGUUGACGCGGAUAACGGCACGGUGCUCAACAUCUUCACUGCGGCACUUGACGCGGGUGUGCGCGCUCUCGAAGUCCAAGGCGACACGCUGUACGCCGGCGGAAUCUUCAAUACCGUUGGAGGACAAGCGCGUCAGCGGCUGGCGGCAUUCAAUGUCGCAACCGGUGCAGCUUUGCCGUGGGCGCCGAAGGCCAACGCCGAGGUAAUGGCCAUCACGGCACCACCAGGUAGCAACAAGGUAGUGGUCGGCGGUCGCUUCACGACGCUCAACGGUGCGAACAACGUCGGCGUCGGCUCUCUCGAUGCCACAUCUGGCGCCACUAUCUCGUUUCCUACCAACACAGUUGUGCGGAAUUCCGGUAUCAACUCCGCGAUUUACAGCCUCAGCAGCGAUGCCGGCACCGUGUACGGGACCGGCUAUUCGUACGGGUCGGGAAACCUGGAGAGCGUUUUCGCUUCCGAUGUCGCGACCGGAAAUCUACGCUGGGUCAGCGGCUGCCGAGGCGACACGUAUUCCAACGUCACGAUCGGCGACGUGAUGUACGUAGCCGGACAUCCACACGACUGCAGUCAAAUCGGCGGCCUUCCGCAGACCGAACCGUGGAGUUACCAGUGGUCGUUGGCAUUUCGUACGAAUGCGUCCGGCCCGAUCAAUUCGAGUGGCAACUUCCUCGGCAAACCGGCACCGGAGUUGUUGCACUGGUUGCCGACAUUGGCUCCCGGAACGUUCACGGGCCAGAAGCAGGCGGGUUGGUCGAUCGCCGGAAACGAUCGCUACAUCGUCCUCGGUGGCGAGUUUCCGAAGGUCAACGGUGUGCCGCAGGAGGGGCUUGUUCGGUUGCGCGAUCAGGAUCAGGCGCCGAACAAGGAAGCGCCGAACGGUUACAACGAGUUGUUGCCUGCGAUGACCGGAGUCGGUCCUGGUGCGGUCCGCGCGACGUGGACGGCGGCUUGGGACCGCGACAACAGUCACUUGACCUACGAAUUGCUUCGAGGUGCCCAACUUUCGACUGCGACGGUGGCGGCUACGACCGCCAACGAUGCGCAGUGGUGGAACCGGGGCCGGAUGGGUGCCACGGAUACCUCGGCGCCGCCGGGAUCGACCCAGACGUACCGGGUUCGGGUCACGGACGCAUUCGGCAACACCAUGGUCGGGCCGACGGCGACAGCCACAGUGCCGGCCGGAAUCGCGUCGCCGCCAAGUGCGUACCAGGAGUUGGUUGCCCGCGACGGCGCCGUCCAUUACUGGCGUCUGGGGGAGGCAUCGGGGACUCUCGCGUCGGAUUGGGCCGGUGAUGCCGAUCUGACUCUCAAAUCAGCCCAGCGCAAUGUCGGUGGUGCGAUCGUCGGUGAUCCGAACCCUUCCACGUCGUUCACGGCCGGAUCGAAGACGGGUGGGUCCGCGCACAGUUCGGGCCUCAGUCGUUCAGCGCCGAGGGCGUGGUUCAACACGACCACCCGUUGGGGAGGGAAGAUCAUCGGUUUCGGCAGCGUGAACACUCAACAACAGCGCCUCCAGCGAUCGUCAUGUGUACAUGAGCAAUUCGGGUCAGCUGUUACUCGGUGCGAACGCGAACGGAUUCCGGACGGUGGC